UUAAUAUAUUGCAUCGCAUUUCGACAUCUUCUGUUUUCGCCCUCACUCCCUAUCCCUCUCUCUUUCUCUCUCUAUUCAAUUCUCUUCAAUUUCAAUUGAAUUUCAAUUUCAGUUGAAUUUCAACUUCUUUCUCUCUCUUGAAACUGUGCGGCUGAUCUAGCUCACCGCCGGUGGAACAUCUCGUCGGAUUCGGCGGCGGCAAUGGCGGAGAAUCGCCGGCGGCGCUCGUCUUCUAGUUCGUCCAGUUCGAGCGAUCUCUCCGUCAGAAUGGACCACGAAAUUGGCGCGGAAAACGGAAACGGCAACGGCAACGGCAGCGGAAGCGCCAGCAAGGAAGUUGAAGACCGUGGAAAUGUUACUAAUGGAGGUUCUUCCAAUGGUAACGGUAACGCUAGCAGUAGCAGUUCUUCAGCUUCAGGCGUUGCUGGCAAGGGACUGUCUAAAGUGACUACACUGCCAAUACACAUAUCACAUGAAGAUAAAUCAGAGUCAAGUUCAAGUAAGUUCAAGUUGGAGAGGUCAAAAACAGAGAGGCAGAGACAUCUAAGGCCAGAAGAUGCAGCUCAAAUUUUUGAUAACAAAGUGCCUGUACAGGAGAAGCUUAAAUUGUUGAACAGAAUAGCCACCGUAAAAGACGAUGGAACUGUAGAAUUUGAUGUUCCAGUAGAUGUUGAACCUGAAGCUCUUGAUACACAAUCCAGACAUGUACAAGAUGUUGUUGAUGAUUCCCUUGAUGCAACAGAUCUUCAGUAUAUCCCACCAUUGAAUAUAGUGAUGCUUAUUGUUGGUACACGAGGAGACGUGCAGCCAUUUGUUGCAAUAGGAAAACGCUUGCAGGACUAUGGCCAUCGUGUUAGAUUAGCAACCCAUUCAAAUUUCAAGGAGUUUGUUUUGACGGCUGGCUUGGAGUUUUAUCCAUUAGGGGGUGAUCCAAAAGUCCUUGCUGGUUAUAUGGUUAAAAACAAGGGCUUUCUCCCAUCAGGACCUUCUGAGAUUCCUGUGCAGCGAAAUCAGAUGAAAGAAAUUAUUAACUCUCUACUUCCAGCUUGUAAAGAUCCUGAUAUUGACUCUGGUGUCCCCUUUAAAGCAGAUGCAAUCAUUGCCAAUCCCCCAGCAUAUGGGCACACACAUGUGGCAGAGGCACUGAAAAUUCCAGUUCACAUUUUUUUCACAAUGCCAUGGACGCCAACUAGUGAAUUUCCUCAUCCUUUGUCCCGUGUAAAGCAACAAGCUGGUUACAGACUUUCAUAUCAAAUAGUGGACUCAUUGAUUUGGCUGGGCAUACGAGAUAUGAUUAAUGAUCUUAGGAAGAAGAAGUUGAAGCUGCGACCAGUCACAUAUUUAAGUGGGUCGCAAGGCUCUGAUAGUGAUGUUCCUCAUGCAUACAUAUGGAGUCCUCACCUUGUUCCUAAACCCAAAGAUUGGGGACCAAAAAUUGAUGUAGUAGGGUUUUGUUUCCUUGAUCUUGCAUCAAACUUUGAACCUCCCGAGGCCCUUGUAAAAUGGCUUGAAGAUGGUGACCAGCCUAUCUACAUUGGCUUUGGUAGCCUGCCUGUUCAAGAACCAAAAAGGAUGACAGAAAUAAUUGUUGAAGCACUUGAGAAGACUGGACAAAGGGGUAUCAUCAAUAAAGGAUGGGGAGGUCUUGGAGAUUUGGCAGAAGCAAAGGAAUCCAUAUACUUAUUGGAUAAUAUCCCUCACGACUGGCUGUUCUUACGCUGCAAGGCUGUGGUGCAUCAUGGAGGUGCAGGAACAACAGCUGCUGGGCUGAAAGCUGCUUGUCCAACAACCAUUGUUCCAUUUUUCGGGGAUCAACCAUUUUGGGGCGACAGAGUACAUGCUAGAGGAGUUGGUCCUCCACCUAUCCCAGUUGAUGAGUUUACACUUCCCAAGUUGGUUGAUGCAAUAAAGUUUAUGCUAGAUCCCAAGGUGAAGGAUCGUGCAGUUGAACUCGCUAAGGCCAUGGAAAAUGAGGAUGGCGUGACAGGAGCUGUCAAAGCAUUUUUUAAACAGCUUCCUAAGAAAAAAUCAGAGCCUGAUUCAGAGCCUCUGCCAUCAAGUUUUUUCUCCAUAAGUCGAUGUUUUGGUUGUUCCUGAUUCAAUGCAAGUACGUCAAACCCUAACCACCGGUUCAUGUAUAUUGUAAAUUACAUUUAUGUACCUGCAUCUAUGAUAUGUAAACCCUUACCUGCA